AUGGAGGCUCUUGACGAAUUCGACCGGGAGGUCCCUCUGACAAUGACUUUCUGCCGGCGCAUCUCUGGGGAGGACUUCGAGAAACAGGCAUCCAUGUGCACAGAGUGCGCACUGCGCCACCUCUUCCGCAGCAUCGACCGAAACCCGGCGAUUGCUGAGCGUGCAGUGGGCAAGGGCAAGCAGGAUGAGUGUGAGCAACGCGGACUCCUCUCAUUCCUCUGGGUGCGCGGCAGACCCUGGGAUCCAGGCAUCCCACGGUCUGCACAGGCCAAGUUCUUCCAUGCUGUCCAGGGGGAUCGCAACUACUGCAACAGCAUGGACACCCUAGAGAUGCAUCAGCGCCUGGAGCAGCUUAAGAGGCGUAUCCACCGCGUACAUCUCUAUGCCCAGGCUGGUACCAAUACCUCCACCACCAAGGAGACACCAUCCUCUCUGGUGAAAACCUCCAUCUUCGCUCCACCUGUGUUCGUCAAGUUCCAGCCUGUGCCCAGACCUGAAGGUGACCCCAAGAACGACCCUGGCAUCUCAGAUCUCUCUCUACAGCCUUUCAUCUACCCAGUGUGCACUCCAGAAGGUGUCGUCUUUGACUUACUGAGCAUCCUUCCUUGGCUUAAGAAGUACGGAACCAAUCCCAGCAACGGAGAGAAACUAGACAGAAAGUCCCUGAUUGAGCUAAAAUUUGCAAAGAACAAUGAAGGUGAAUACCACUGUCCGGUGCUGUUCACAGUGUUCACCAACAAUAGCCACAUUGUAGCCAUCAGGACAACUGGCAACGUGUAUGCCUUUGAGGCAGUGGAACAGCUGAACAUCAAGGCAAAGAACUUCCGCGACUUGCUGACAGAUGAGCCGUUCUCCCGGCAGGACAUCAUCACCCUUCAGGAUCCCACCAAUCUGGAUAAAUUUAAUGUCUCCAACUUCUAUCACGUGAAGAACAAUAUGAAGGUGACAGACCCAGAUGAAGAAAAGGCCAAACAAGAUCCGUCUUACUAUCUGAAAAACACAAACACUGAGACCCGGGAGACUCUGCAUGAGCUCUACAAGGAGUUCAAAGGGGAUGAAGUUCUGGCUGCCACCAUGAAGGCCCCUGAGAAGAAGAAGGUGGACAAGCUGAAUGCUGCCCAUUACUCUACUGGGAAGGUCAGUGCAUCCUUCACCUCUACUGCCAUGGUCCCAGAGACGACCCAUGAAGCAGCUGCCAUCGAUGAGGAUGUCCUGAGGUACCAGUUUGUGAAGAAGAAAGGUUACGUGCGGCUGCACACCAACAAGGGCUGCCUGAACCUGGAGCUGCACUGUGACCUGACUCCAAAGACCUGUGAGAACUUCAUCCGCCUGUGCAAGACGAACUACUACGAUGGUACCAUCUUCCACAGGUCCAUCCGGAACUUUGUGAUCCAAGGAGGUGACCCCACUGGCACUGGUACAGGUGGAGUGUCGUGCUGGGGGAAGCCUUUCCGGGAUGAAUUCCGCUCCAACCUCUCACACUCAGGCCGGGGGAUCCUCAGCAUGGCCAACUCGGGGCCCAAUAGCAACAAGUCUCAGUUCUUCAUCACCUUCCGAUCCUGUGCCUACCUUGACAAGAAGCACACCAUCUUUGGGCGGGUCGUUGGGGGCUUUGAUACACUAACAGCCAUGGAGAAUGUGGAGAGUGACCCCAAAACUGACCGCCCUAAGGAAGAGAUCUGCAUACAGUCCACUGUGGUGUUUGUGGACCCCUAUGAAGAAGCAGAUGCUCAGAUUGCUGAGGAACGGAAGAAGACACAGCAAAAGGAGGCAGCCCUGGAAACCAAUGGGAAGAUGAGCCAACCCCAACAAAGGAGCCCAGGACCUCAAGCAUAUCGCCAGGGGGUGGGCAAGUACAUUAGCCGAGCAGUCACGAAGCGGGCCUCAGAAGAUGAGCCAUCCACCAGCACAGCUACCUCCUCGACCAAGAAGAGGCCCAGCUGGGGCUUUGGGGACUUCAGCUCCUGGUAG